AUGGCUGCAUCUCCACAAUCCAAGAUCGGCCCGGCCGCUGCUGCCCCUGCAGAACCCAAACAAGAAACAGACGAUUGGUCAGGCCUGGCAGAUCCAGCAGAGCGACGAAGGCUCCAAAAUCGUAUUAAUCAGCGGGCCCACCGGAGACGUCAGCGUAUACAGCUUAAGAAUGUUCACCCUAAAAGCGUGGUGGCUUCGUAUCCAUCUCCGCCAUCAUCUGCGACUACGAUAGCCCCAAUAACCACAACAAAAACAACGACAACCCAGUCCAACAGCCCAUCCUCAUCCUGUCAUGCAAUCACAGCACAAGAAGCUACAAAUCCUCGAUCGCGUUAUCUCCUCCUUGAGCAAUUCGCCCGAGAGGCAUACCAAAGUUACAUGCGCGGUUCUCCGACUGCAGACCACCUUCUAACGCUGACAAAAGUCAACGUCUUCCGCGCAUUCGGUCAUAACAUGCAACUAAUCGGGGCAGACAUGGACGAUAUGCACGAUGACUCCAUGUCAAUAUUCACCCCCAUGCUCCCCUCCCCACCCGUAUCCUCACCGCACGGAUCAGGAUCAGGAUCUACACUAGCCCAGAUCCAAAAUGGGAAUUCGCCAGCGAUCGAAAUGCCCGCUAGUCUUCGCCCCACCAAAAUCCAGCUAACCGUUCCUCAUCACCCGUGGCUGGAUUUCUUCCCCAUACCCAAGAUGCGGGACAAUCUCAUUCAAGCGGGCGAUGAUUGGGAUGACGGGGAGCUGUGCAUGGAUAUAAUGGGGUUUUGGACUAAAGAUCCCUCGACUGAUGCGGGGCUCUUGGUCUGGGGGGGAUCCGUGGGAUGUACGCAAUUGGGAGUUGACGGAGGCGUUCUUGAAAAAAUGGCAGUGGGUUGUGAGGGGGUGUCCGGAUUUGAUGAAUUCUACGAAUGCGUGGCGGGCGAAACGGGGAGAGAAAUUGAUUUUUCGAUAUAUUUAGAUUUGUAG